AACACUGGGCAACAUGGUUCAAGCCGACUGCAUUCUCUGUGUGCAGGGCCCGCCUGCACUGCAGGGAGGGUUCGGGAGGAGUCGAUUGUGUUAUCUAUUUUUUUUUUAGGUUGGAAUCGAGAAGAAGUCGUCUCUGUGGAACGCUGGCAGCGAGUGAAUCGAAGUUGGGAGCGGGCGGCUGCGGUCGCUGCCGAGGCCAGGAGGCCCGUUGGGCCAUGGCUAAGCAGGGGAGGCCCCCGAGCGCGGCUGAGGGCUAGGCCGGGAGCUGGGCUGAGCCCGAGGGAGGCCUGCAGCCGGCCAUGGCCCGGCGGCGGCGCCGCGCCUGCAUCGCGCUCUUCCUCGUCCUGCUCUUCGCUUUUGGCACCCUCAUGGGGCUGCGCACAUUGAAGGCGCCGGAUGGGCUCCCAGAGCUCGCCCCAGGAUUGGAGCUGGGCCCCUUUGAGCGCCGUGCCCCCGUGCCCGCUGGACCCCCAGCAGCAGAGGCUGAGGCCGCCCGUGUUCCGCAGCCGCCACCCCCCGCGCCGCCGCGUACAGCUGCGGGCCCGAGCCCGGCCCCGGCCCCUGUUCCUGCUCCGGGAUCUGGCCCGCCUGUCUACUCCGACCUGCACGUCUUCUAUUAUUCGUGGUACGGCAGUCCACGGGGUCGGGAGGGCCGCUAUGUGCACUGGGACCACGUUAUGGUGCCGCACUGGGACCCCAAAGUGUCUGCCAGCUACCCCAAGGGCCGCCAUAGCCCCCCGGAUGACCUGGGCUCCAGCUUCUACCCUGAGCUGGGACCCUAUAGCUCCAGGGAUCCCGAGGUCUUGCGGGAGCAUAUGAACCAGCUCAAAGCUGCUGCCAUCGGGGUCCUGGUCCUGUCCUGGUACCCACCAGGCAUGGCUGAUGACAAUGGGGAACCCUCAGAUGAUCUGGUACCUGCUAUUCUUGACACUGCACAUCAAUACAGUAUCAAGGUGGCCUUUCAACAACCCUACAAGGGUCGGGAUGACCGGACGCUUCAUGACAACGUCAAGUACAUCAUUGAUACGUAUGGAUCCCAUGGAGCAUUUUAUCGCUACAAAAACAGCAUGGGCAGGAGCCUGCCAUUGUUCUACAUCUAUGACUCAUACCUUACCCCUCCUGAGGCGUGGGCCCACCUGCUCACCCCCUCGGGAUCCCACUCAAUCAGAAACACUCCCUAUGACGGCGUGUUCAUUGCCCUGCUGGUAGAAGAGGCCCACAAGAGGGACAUCUUGUCCGCUGGCUUUGAUGGUAUGUACACUUACUUUGCCUCCAAUGGAUUCUCCUUUGGCUCCUCCCAUCAGAACUGGAAAGCAGUCAAGACUUUCUGCGACGCCAACAAUCUGAUGUUCAUUCCGAGCGUGGGGCCUGGCUACAUCGACACUAGCAUCAGGCCCUGGAAUAACCACAACACCCGGAACCGGGUCAACGGCAAAUACUAUGAGACGGCGCUGCAGGCUGCCCUCACAGUGAGGCCGGAGAUCGUCUCCAUCACCUCCUUUAACGAGUGGCACGAAGGGACCCAGAUCGAGAAGGCCAUCCCCAAGAAGACCCUCACCCGCCUCUACCUGGACUACCUGCCUCACCAGCCUAACUUGUACCUGCAGCUGACUCGGCGCUGGGCUGAGCAUUUCAUCAAAGAGAAGGAACAAUGGUUGAUGUGACUGAACCUAAAGCCUCAAGGAAGGGGAGCUGAGUCACCAGUCCCAGAUAUACGGAAAGGAGCUGGACUGCAGCACAACUGGAUGAGGUCGCAGAAACCUUCAUCUCUAAGCUAGGAGUGCUGGUGCUCCUGGCGUGGCCCUUUGGGAGUAGGCCAGAUGGGGAGAGUGAAAGAAGGGUUAGUGUGGUAGUUUGUCGGCAGCAAACAUCAAUCCACUCGGUGGCAGUUAAUGAAGGGGGGGGGGGGGGGGGGGG